GAGUUCAAAUUUCGGUAUAUGGGUGACACAACAUCUUAAUACGUUUGACCUAUUGCCAUCGUAAAUAAUUGAAUUGCUAGAAUCAUCAUAAUGGCACCUGACACUGAACAGAAGUCAUUACUUCAAGGAUGCCUAGCCAAUAUAUCACAUCAAUCGUCAUUGAUGAAACAGAGUCUUCUGGAAAAUAAUCUACUUCAAGCGUUAAAGCAUUGUUCGAAUUAUUUGAAUGAACUUAGAACGAGUCAAUUGCCUCCUAAGCAAUAUUAUGAGAUGUAUAUGGUGGUCUUUGACUCCUUGGAGACGUUGUCUGCGCAUUUAUUGGCGUCUCAUAACUCCAAAAUGAAACGUAGGGCAUCUUCCAGUAGUGCCACUCCCUUUCUUGCUGACUUGUAUGAAUUGGUACAAUAUUCUGGGAAUAUUAUUCCAAGAUUAUAUAUGAUGAUAGUUGUAGGAACGACCUAUAUGUCUACUAAUGACGCCCCUACUAAGGAGAUCAUGAAAGAUAUGAUUGAAAUGUGUCGUGGUGUCCAACAUCCAAUUCGAGGACUCUUUUUAAGAUAUUAUCUUUCUCAAAGAAUUAAAGAUUUAUUACCAUUAUCAAAUAAACAAGAUCUUGAUGAAACAGUUGACUUUUUAAUUUCAAAUUUUAUUGAAAUGAAUAAAUUAUGGGUUCGUUUACAACAUCAGGGACAUUCUUCUGAAAGAGAAUUGAGAUAUCGUGAACGUAGAGAAUUGAAGAUUUUGGUUGGUUCUAAUCUUGUUAGACUUUCACAAAUCAUUGAUGAUUAUAGUGCUGAUGUUUCUUAUAUUCCAGUGGAUUAUUAUAAGACUAGAAUUUUCCCAGUUAUCACUGAACAAAUCAUUCAAUGUAGAGAUCAUUUGGCUCAAAGUUAUCUUAUUGAUGUGAUUGUUCAAAUCUUCCCAGUAACAUUCCAUUUUUCUACAUUGAAGAUGUUACUUAAUGAUGUAUUUCUUAAUUUAAAUCCACUGUUAAGAAAAUCUGAAUUGGUUUUAACUUUAGUUGAUAGAAUUGUGACUUAUUAUAGAUUUGAGUCUGAUUUAUCAAAUGAUUUAGAAACGAAAAUACAAAUUGAAAAAGAAGUUUCUGGAAGUGAUCAGGAAAAUGAUGAUAAGAAGAAGGAAGUAGAUGGAAAUGGAAAUGGACAAGAAACGAAGGAAAUUGAGAAUAAAGACAAGAAAGAAAAUGACAAGGAAAAUGAAAAGGAAAAGGAAUCAUUGACGGAAGAACUGAUUGAGGAACCAAUUGAAGAAUCAUAUGAAUUUGAUAUAAAUGAUUUAUUCUCAUUAUUUUGGGAAUUUUACUUAAAAUUGAUUGAAUUAGAUCCAGAAUUACCAGCUGAAGAACAUUCUACUAUGUUGCAAGCAUUUAUUAAGCUUUCAUUGACAUAUGAUCCUAAAAAUUAUCAAAAUUUGGACAAGAUUUAUGAAUUUGCUUCUCAAAUGUUACUGAAAAAAGAUUCUUCAACCCUGAAAGAAUUAGAUUCAGAACAACAACAAUUAUGGUUACUGCUCUUACUUGUUCCUAUAGAUCAUUUCAGUUCUAUGAAAGAUCUUUUGAAUUUGAAACACUUUUAUCAAUUCUACAUUAACUUGAAUAGUGCAAAGUUCCAAAAACAAAUUUCUUUAGCAAUUGUGGAUAAAUUACUUUCAAGUAGUGUUGACAUGGACUCGAUUGAAUAUUAUUCUACUGUGGAAGAAAUUGAUGGGAUCUUCCAAUUCUUAGUGGUAUUAAUUAAAGAUUCUAAUUCUAAACUUAAUACUUCGAAAGAUUUAGGAAUAACUAAAUCAUUUCAAAUUGAAGGUGGUGAUAGAAUUGUUUCUAAAGAUUUCUUGAAUAUUCAAGAAAAACUAUCAAAGAUUCUUCAUUUGGUACGUCAUCCUGAUAGUUACAAAAGUUUAAGUAAUUUGAUUUACAUUCGUAAGAAAUAUUUAAGUAAAAGUCCUACGAAUAUGAUUUUUACUUAUCCUACUCUUAUCGCACAAUUGUUGAAUCAUUUAAGAUUUGCUGGAUAUUCUAGAACGAAAAAUAAUGAACAAGAUAAUUCUGAUUUACUUCUUACGAGUAACUUUAAGAAUUUAUCAGUUACUAUUGAUGAAUUAUAUCAACAUCAUCAACAAUUUCAUCUGGAAAUUAUUUUAAAAUUCUAUUUAGAUGCAGCAGCGGUUGCUGAUCAACUUAAAAAGGAAAGCAUUGCGUAUGAGUUCUUCACUCAAUGUUUCAUUGUUUAUGAAGAAAAUUUAAUUCUUAACAGUGCUAGUAAUGGUGCAGGUAUUCAGAACCCCCAUAAUACAAUGGGUGGAUCUAUUCCAUUCCAGCUGGUUCUUGCAAUUGCCAAUAAACUUGCAUUCCUGAGAUAUUUCAAUAAAGAUAAUUAUGAGAAUCUUAUUACGAAAGUUACAUUAUACGGAUCUAAAUUAUUGAAAAAACAAGAUCAAUGUCGAUCUGUAUAUUAUUGUGCACAUCUCUGGUGGUGGUGUGAUUUAUUGAUUGAAGGACCAUCACCUACUGUAGUGGAUGAAUCUGCUCAAGAUAUUAAAGAAGAAGGAGAAAACAGUGUGAAGAAAGAAUCACAAACUACUCCUUCACUUUAUCGUGAUCCUAAAAGAGUAUUGGAAUGCUUACAGAAAUCUCUUCGAGUAGCAGACUCUUGUAUGGAUCCAUUUUUAUCACUCAAAUUAUUCAUUGAAAUUUUGAAUAGAUGUCUUAUUUUCCAUGUAUAUGGGAAUUAUCUUGUGGAUGCAAAAUAUAUCAAUGGACUUAUUGACUUGAUUAAAACUAAUUUAGAGAAUUUGAAGUCAGAAAAUAGUGAUGAAAAUGAUGAAACAGUAUUUUCUACAAUUGAAUCAUUAUUCCAAAGAUCUUUGUAUUAUAUUGAAGAACAAAAGGCAAUGGAAGGUAGAUUUCAGGAUAUUAUUAUUUAAAAAGAAAAGAAAUGAGAUCACAAUUUAUUUUUUAGAAUCUUGCAGUCUCAUUUCGGACUAUGCCGAGCUUUGAAAUUGUAAGAUUAUAGUGAAGUCAGGUGAAGGUUUUUACGAGAUUGAGAGACAGAAAAAAAAGGGUGUAGGGAAUAAUAAUUGGGAGUUUGAUUAUCAAAAAAUAAAAUAUAUACAUAUACUAAAAUAAGAAUAAA